AUAUAAAUGUACACCUCUGCGGUCACUCUGCUCUGCUCCAUGGAGUUAAUCUGAGCUCACUCUUUACUUCCUCUCUCGUGCAAGCCGCAAUGGCUUCUUCCACCUUCGCAUUUACUCCUCUGCUUCUCCUUCUCCUUCUUCCACCUCAAGCUUUCUCGUCCAAGAACAGUAGCUCUGUUUCGGCGGCUGCGGGAUCGUCGUCGUUUGUUCCCUCCGCCUCCCUCAUCUCCACCUUGCAAGCCACCCUCGGCGAGAUCGAGGACGUGUUGUCGCUUCUUACCAGCAUUCCCGGUGUCUUCGACCAACGCCUCUCCGCCGCCAUCACCGACUGCGUCGACCUCCUCGACCUCUCCUCCGACGAAAUCUCUUGGGCUCUCUCCUCCUCCUCCUCCUCCUCCUCCACUUCUCGUCCUUCCUCCGCCUCUGGCAGCGUCACCGGCGACCGCCGCUUCGACCUCCACUCCUGGAUGAGCGCUGCCCUCGGCAACCAAGACACCUGCAAGGAGGGCCUCGGCGGGGGGCUCCCGGCCUCCCUCAUCGCCGAAGGCCUCGACACCGUCACCUCCCUCGUCUCCGACGCGCUCCAGGAAAUCGCCGGCGACUCCGGAGGCACCGGCCGCAGGCGGCUAAUGGGGUUCCCAGAGUGGGUCUCUACAGGCGACCGAAGGUUACUGCAGGAAUCCUCCCAGCCGCCGACCGCGGACGCUGUGGUGGCGCAGGACGGGACCGGGAACUACACGACGGUUUCGGCCGCCGUGGAAGAGGCGCCCGACCGCAGCCAGCGGCGAUACGUUAUCUACGUAAAGAAGGGGGUGUACAAGGAGAACGUGGAUAUUAAGAAGAAGAAGUGGAACUUGAUGAUCAUCGGCGACGGCGUCGGCCAAACCAUCAUCUCCGGCGACCACAACUACGUCGACGGCUGGACCACCUAUCGCAGCGCAACCUUCGCGGUGACGGCGACCGGGUUCAUCGCGCGGGACCUGACGAUCGAGAACACGGCGGGCCCGGGGAAGCACCAGGCGGUGGCGCUCCGCUCAGACUCCGACCUCUCCGUCUACUACCGCUGUGAGUUCGCCGGGUUCCAGGACACGCUCUACGCGCACUCCCUCCGCCAGUUCUACCGCGAUUGCCGCGUGUCCGGCACCGUCGACUUCGUGUUCGGCAACGCCGCCGCCGUGUUCCAGAACUGCGAGCUGGCCGCGCGGCGGCCGCUACCGAACCAGAAGAACUCCGUCACGGCGCAGGGGCGGGCGGACCCCAACCAGAACACCGGCUUCUCCUUCCAGUUCUGCAACCUCACCGGCGAGGCCGACCUCACCAACGCCACGGCGACGUAUUUGGGGAGGCCGUGGAAGGAGUAUUCGCGGACCGUGGUCAUGCAGUCCUAUCUCGGCCCGGUUCUCCGGCCCGAGGGCUGGCUCGAGUGGGACCGUGAUUUCGCCUUGGACACGCUGUAUUACGCCGAGUAUAUGAAUCAUGGGCCGGGUUCAAAUCUGACGAGACGGGUCAAGUGGGCCGGGUUUCACGGGCUGAGCGACCCGGCGAUGGUGGUCAACUUCACGGUGGCCCAAUUUCUAGAUGGCGACUUGUGGUUGCCGGCCACCGGAGUUAAGUACACGGCGGGGUUAUCUCUGUAAUUACUUGAUUAUUCGAUUGACGACGCAGCUUUACGAGUUAAAAUUAUUAAAUUAAUGUUUCGUGUUUGAUAAAAAA